CUUCAAAACCCAUCGCUUCAAAAACCUCAGUUGCUCUGGGCCGAGGUUUCAGUUUACACAGCGCUUUUUUCUUGCCAAGGUGGAUCCAGGGUUUCUCCAUCCUUCCAGAACCGUCUCCACCAACACUCACUCACUCGAUCUUCACACAGAUGGCGCUUGCGGGACAAACUCUCGAUAUUUCCGGCGAACGGCAGUCCGGUCAGGAUGUCCGAACCCAAAAUGUAAUGGCAUGCCAAGCAGUGGCGAACAUCGUUAAGUCGUCACUUGGUCCCGUCGGGCUCGAUAAGAUGCUUGUUGAUGAUAUUGGUGAUGUAACAAUCACAAAUGAUGGUGCUACUAUUCUGAAGAUGUUAGAAGUUGAGCAUCCAGCAGCCAAGGUUCUUGUUGAGUUGGCGGAGCUUCAAGACCGGGAAGUUGGUGAUGGAACUACUUCUGUAGUCAUCAUAGCUGCAGAGUUGCUCAAGAGAGCAAAUGACUUGGUGCGGAACAAAAUUCACCCCACUUCAAUAAUCAGUGGAUACAGACUUGCAAUGAGAGAAGCUUGUAAGUAUGUUGAAGAGAAACUGGCUGUGAAGGUUGAAAAACUUGGAAAGGAUUCCCUCAUAAAUUGUGCCAAGACAAGCAUGUCAUCAAAGUUGAUUUCUGGUGACAGUGAUUUCUUUGCAAACCUGGUUGUUGAAGCAGUACAAUCGGUUAAGAUGACUAAUGCCCGAGGUGAAAUUAAAUAUCCCAUUAAGGGCAUUAAUAUACUCAAAGCCCAUGGGAAAAGUGCAAGAGAUAGCUAUCUUUUGAAAGGAUAUGCUCUAAACACUGGUAGGGCAGCCCAAGGGAUGCCACUGAAAGUUUCUCCUGCACGGAUUGCUUGCCUCGACUUCAAUCUUCAAAAGACAAAAAUGCAGUUGGGUGUUCAAGUUUUAGUCACCGAUCCCAGGGAGCUUGAGAAGAUUCGUCAAAGAGAAGCUGAUAUGACAAAAGAACGCAUUGAGAAGCUUCUAAAAGCUGGAGCCAAUGUUAUAUUGACUUCCAAAGGAAUUGAUGACAUGGCACUCAAGUACUUUGUGGAAGCUGGUGCAAUUGCAGUUAGACGUGUUCGUAAGGAUGAUUUGCGUCAUGUUGCCAAGGCUACUGGUGCAACUGUGGUCUCAACAUUUGCAGAUAUGGAAGGAGAAGAAACAUUUGAAGCGUCACUCCUUGGACAGGCAGAAGAGGUUGCUGAGGAGCGCAUUGCUGAUGACGAUGUUAUUAUGAUUAAAGGGACUAAAACUACUAGUGCGGUUUCAGUGAUACUUAGGGGAGCAAAUGACUUUAUGCUUGAUGAGAUGGAGAGGGCCCUGCAUGACUCUUUAUGCAUUGUUAAGAGAACAUUAGAAUCCACAACUGUUGUUGCUGGUGGAGGUGCUGUUGAGUCUGCCUUAUCAGUUUACCUGGAGUACCUUGCAACUACACUUGGAUCUCGGGAGCAACUGGCAAUUGCUGAAUUUGCCGAAUCCUUAUUGAUCAUUCCAAAGGUACUUGCUGUCAAUGCUGCUAAGGAUUCGACCGAGUUGGUUUCUCAAUUACGUGCACAUCACCAUUAUGCACAAACCCAGGCAGAUAAGAAACAUUGGUCGAGCAUGGGACUAGACCUAGUGAAGGGAAUCGUACGUAACAACCUGGAAGCUGGAGUAAUUGAGCCUGCUAUGAGUAAAGUGAAGAUAAUCCAAUUUGCAACUGAAGCUGCUAUCACAAUUCUUCGAAUCGACGACAUGAUAAAGCUCAUCAAAGAUGAAAGUCAGAACGAGGAGUAGGGUUGGUUAUAUAUUUUCACAGUUUCUGAACGAGUAAGUUGAUUCGUAGGGGAGAUGUAACAUUGCCAUCCAUUUGAUUUUUGUGAGCCGUGAAAUGAUGUUUCCCAGGCUGCCUGCUUGUUUUAUUCUGAACUCGUGUGAUUGUGAUACAAGACUUUAACCCACUAUGUCAGCAAAUUUUGAAGUACUCUUAAGUUUAUUUGUAUGAAAAAUCAAGUAUUCGAAAUUUCUAAGCCAUUUCAUUCCUUCA